UGUAUUUCAUCAAUUGAAAUCCCUAAUUUCUCAACUCCUCACAAAAUCCCAAUUCAAAUCUUAAUCACACAAUGUCUGGUCGUGGAAAGGGUGGAAAGGGUUUGGGAAAGGGAGGCGCCAAGAGGCAUCGCAAGGUGCUCCGUGACAACAUCCAGGGUAUCACGAAGCCCGCCAUUCGCAGGUUGGCGAGAAGAGGUGGCGUGAAGAGAAUCAGUGGGUUGAUCUACGAAGAAACUCGCGGAGUUCUCAAGAUUUUCUUGGAGAAUGUGAUUCGUGAUGCGGUGACGUAUACUGAGCACGCAAGGAGGAAGACGGUGACGGCCAUGGAUGUUGUUUACGCGCUCAAGAGACAGGGAAGGACCCUCUAUGGAUUCGGAGGUUGAUGGGUUCUGGUAUUGGGCCUACUGGGUUGGGUUUUGUCUUGUGGGCUUUUGUUCUGUAAAUGUAUGGACUUUGUGUUUUGUGUAAUGGUUUUAUUACUUGAUUGUUCUUUGCUUGGUAGAGCAUGAUGGAAUCAAGUUUGUUCUAAUUCUCCUCUUAAUUGCAAGUUAAUCAGUAGAAUUUUGAGUAAAUUUAUUGGAUUAUAAACUUUUUGCUGCUUUU